AUGUCGCCAACUCCAGCGUCCCUAGCGAAUGGGCAGUGGACAUUUGCCGUUUUAAGACGCAGAAAUAGCGAGGAGGAUGGGAAUCCCGACAGGGCAAGGGAAGUGGGUGCAGAGGACAGAGGCUGGGGUCUCAGCGGGGUGUGGGUACUCCGUAUAGCCACAGGUGCGGCGGGAGGCGGCCUGGGAAAGUCACAGUCAGCAGCGCAGUGGCGGGAACCGCAGCCCGGCGGCCCUGGAACCUCCCAGGAUUUGUUGAGAGUGACUGUGGACUUCUUCCAGGAGGAGGGACAAUGCCUGCAGCCUGCUGGGGGUGGGGGCUUUGUACUGAGAAUGGACGCUACAGAGUUUCAGCAACCUGCUUUCUGUGGAACCCUUGGAUGUGGCCAUGGACUAGGCAGACAGGGGAUCUUGGUACACAUUGGAAGCAUUCCAGUCUUUGUUCCUGAGACAGAAACUCAGAGAAGAACAACAGGGAGAAUGGCUGCUUCCCCGGUAAAUGUGGCCCAGGAUCUGUUAACAUUCAGGGAUGUGACUGUGGAGUUGUCCCAGGAGGAAUGGGAAUGUCUGGACUCUGCUCAGAGGACUUUGUACAUGGAUGUGAUAUUGGAGAAUUAUAGCAAUCUAGUCUUUGUAGAGAACCAUUGUAUAUGUGGAAAUUGUGAAAAAUUCCUGGAUCAAGGCUCAAAACAUAUUGUUCAUCAUCAUGUGAAUAUCCAAGAGAUUUCUUGUAAAUGUAAUGAGCUGGGCAAAAUGAUUAAUGAAUCCUCCCAAUAUACACCUUAUGACGUGAGUGAUACUGCAGAAAACUAUAAUAAAUUCAGAUGUGGUAGCCACAAGGAUGCUUCUGUUGAGUCAUCAGUCAUAAAAAGACCUAAAAGCGAGGACUCUGGAGAAGAUACUUGCAAAUUUAAAGACUGUAUAAAUUGUUUAAAUUUGUUUCCUAUUAGUCAAAAUCAAAGGAUCCACUCGAGCCUCAGUAUACAUCAGAAAAAUCAUUCUGGAGAGAAACCCCACAAAUGUAAUGCCUGUGGCAAAUGCUUUUAUCACUUGUAUCAGGUUAAAUACCAUUACAAAACCCAUACAGGAGAGAGAUCUUACAAAUGCAGUGAAUGUCACAAACACUUUAGUCAGCUGACACACCUAAGAAGCCAUCAGACAAUUCAUACAGGGGAGAAACAUUACAAAUGUAAUGAAUGUGGCAAAAGCUUUAGCCGAGUAACAUACCUAAGAACCCAUCAGAGAAUUCAUACAGGAGAAAAGCCUUACAAAUGUAGUGAAUGUGACAAAUGCUUCAUCCAGAAAGCUCAACUUACAAUACAUCAGAGAAUUCAUACAGGAGAAAAACCUUACAAAUGUAGCGAAUGCGAGAAAUCGUUUACAUGUUGCUCAGGUCUUAGAAAACACCAGCGAAUUCAUACAGGAGAGAAACCUUACAAAUGUAGUGAAUGUAAGAAAUCCUUUACCAGUGGCUCAGAUCUUAGAAGACAUCAGAAGAUUCAUACUGGGGAGAAACCAUACAAAUGCAGUGAAUGUGACAAAUGUUUUAUUCAGAAAGUCCAACUUAGAAUACAUCAGAGAAUCCAUUCAGGAGAGGAACCUUACAAAUGCAGGGAAUGUGUCAAAGUCUUUACCCACCUGUCAGGUCUAAGAAAACAUCAGAAAAUUCAUACAAUCUCAGGGGAAAGCUGCACACCUCUCAAAGGGUGUGACAAAUCCUUGCUGAGUGCUUCAUUUCUCAGAAUACAUCUGAGAACCUACACAGGAGAGACUUACAAAUGUAGUGAAUGUGACAAAUCCUUUACCACAGAGGACCAUCUUAAGAGCCAUCAGAAAAUCCACUCAGGAAGGAAGCCUUACAAAUGUAGUAAAUGUGACAAAUCAUUUACUAAGAAAGUGAUGUUUAGAACUCAUCAGAGAAUACAUACAGGAAAGAAAACUUACAAAUAUAGCAAAAGGAGAAAAAUAUCUAUUACCGAGGAAGGAAAUCUUAGAACUCACCAGAGAAUACACACAGGAGAGAAACCUGACAAAUCCUUUAGCUGGGACUCAUCUCUUAGAAUUCAUUACAGAACACAUACAGGAAAAAUUUUUAUAAAUAUGGUGAAUGUAACAACUCCUUAA